CCAAAACGAGUUAGCGGCCGUAUUACCCAUGGGUCAGCACCACUAUUGCACCACACUAUGACAUUUCGAAUCCCCCUGUGUGUUCAGCCUUACAAUAUAUAACUCUGACCUACUUAACGUGCCCGAACUUAUCUGUGCUGUGGACGAGUGUACUGUGCACCGUCUCGUGUGACGGAUCGACGUACAGUAAUCGCUGAAGACGGUAAACGACGGUAAACCAUCUGAACGUGCGCCUUUCCAUUUGUAGCAAAACUGAGGGACAUUCUACAACACUGCAGUUAAUCGGUUUUCUCAUCAAAGUGACAAUGUCAAAGCUAGAAGAGGUCAAGAAAGAAAUAGCCAAAUACGACUACGUCCGGCUGUCUCUGUGCGACCUGAACGGCACGUAUCGCGGUCAGCUGGUUGCGGGACGCCAUGCAGCGAGUUACUUGGAAAACGGGCUCAACUUGUUUGAAGGGGUCUUGUUGGCUGGUCCAAGAACGGAAAAGGUUUUCAUAGAACACCCAAAGAUGUUCAACUUUGGCAGCAUGUUGAGCUACCCCGACCCUGACACGCUGAGACCAGUCCCUUGGGUUGCUGACGGGGUCAAGGUCGCUGAAAUGUUGUGCGAGUCUCGAUGGAAGAAAGGCGGUGUUCCCCAGGAGGCGUGUCCACGAUACGUUACUAGGAAACAAUUGAAGAGGUUAGACGAACUUGGAUACAAAUUGUAUUCGGGCUAUGAAAUUGAAUUUAAAAUGAUGCAUAGAGAUACUAUGGAACCUGUGUUCUAUGGCCAAGACGCAUACAGCCAGAGGUUACUAAACAAGCAAUGCAGAACUUUACUUCACUUUGACAAAAACUUAAAGGAAUCUAACAUUGAUGUUGAGCGGUAUCAUCCUGAGUUUGGUUCUGGACUGUUUGAAGCUGUGACCAAACCAAAGUAUGGCAUAGAGUGCCCAGAUAUGGUCUUAAACUUGAAACAGGGCCUCAUGGAGAUGUCAGAUGUGAAAGAUGUAGUUAUCACCUUCAUGUCGAAACCGGAACUGGACAACAAACCAACAGGAAUUGGUGCCCAUUUCAAUUUUUCACUUUGGAACCAAUCUGGAGACAGCCUUUUCUAUGAUGCUGACGCUCCUGAUAAUCUAUCUGUUAUGGCAAAGCAGUGGAUUGCUGGCAUCAUGAAACACAGUAAGGCACUGUGCGCUUUUACCAGCCCCACCGUCAACUGCUACAGGCGACUUCAUCAGCCCUUUUUCCCUUCAGCAAUAUUCUGGGGUAUAGAAGAUCGUGAGUCCUGUUUCCGAAUCAAGAAUGACGGUCCUUCUGGUACAUACAUCGAAAACAGACUUCCCAGUGGAAAGAGCAACCCUUACCUCAUUGUGGCGUCUACCAUUGCUGCAGGGCUGGACGGUGUCAUCAACAAACUGGAGUGUCCACCGCCGGGAAAGACAGAAAAGACAGAGAACCUGCCCAGCGCCCUAUCUGAAGCUCUUGAGGAACUGGAACGGGAUGAGGCAUUGGUAGAUGCCCUGGGCAGUGAACUGGUGGCGUGGUUCGUGAAAUGCAAGAGAGAUGGGGAGAUAGCCAAGUAUAAGGACUUGGAGACUGACGAGGAACGAUUUGCUUUAGAGAAAGAGGUGUAUUUUCUAUGAUACAAAAUUGAAGGAAUAUGGCAUUACUGUUUCUCGCAAGAAACUUGUGAUACAACUUAUUGUCUGUCUCACUGUAGUUAUAAUGUGUCAGAAAAAUACCGAUAGUACGUUUAGUAAAUACCUUAGUUUCUUCUCUUUUUCCGAUCUGUAAAAGCUUAAUUCGAACCUAUGCUGUUGUUUUUAAUUCAUUCAUGAUAUGUUUUAUGUCAAUACCCUGUUCUGUAAAACAAAUAUUCAAUGAACUCACACAGUCAUUUUCUGCCGACGUGGUGAUGCUGUGUUGCAACAUCUCCACCACCACCCACAAACGUCAUUGUAUCCCAAUUGCAGAUGGAUGUCCUCCUGUUGAUCACUGAAUUGUUGUUCAGGUCCUAUAGCUAGAAUAUUGCUGCGUGUGGCGUUUUGCAAAAAAACCAAAGCACGUUAUUGGUGGGAGUUGAAGGUAUCCUUAAUUGUUGACCAUCUUCAUAGUUUUCUCUUCCCCUCCUGAUAUUGUCCAUCUCUUAAUAUUGACACAAGAAGGGGGGACAUCCUCUAAACUUGAAACCAUGCACGCACGAACAGCUGUAGGGUGAGUGAGUAUGGUUUUACGUCGCUUUUAGCAGUAUUCCAGCAAUAUCACGGCAGGGGACACCAGAAAUGGUCUUCACACAUUGUACCCAUUGAAUCGAACCCAGGUUUUCAGCAUGACGAGCGGACGCUUUUCCCAUUAGACUACCCCACCACACCAAACUGCUUUAGAGAUUUAUGCCUUCCGUGGAUAUUUUUCAUGAAAAAUUACAUUGUCGUUGGUAAGAGGACAAUUCUAUCUGAAUCAGACAUUUCUACAUAUGUAGCAAUAAGGAUUCCACAUUAGCUUUAGACUGAGUGACUGACUGAGUUUGGUUUUACGCCGGUUUUAGCAAUAUUCCAGCAACAUCACGGCGGGCAUUAGCUUUAGAAGCGUCAUUGACACAUAUAGUAGUAAUGAACAAUAUAGGAAGGAGAAACAAUGUUGUUAUUAUGCUUGAAACGAAAUGGCUACUCGAUGUUGAUCGGUGUUGAAUGCUGAUUCAUAAACACCGUGACUUUAUUGAUUAUUGAUUUCUUAUCAUUGAAAGACUUUUUGAUUGCUUUGAUUAUAAUAUAUUCAAACCAUGUACCAUUGCUUCUGCUGGAAAUAAAAAACAAAACAACUAUAUGGGCAAAAA